AUGAACCUAGGAGACCUUCGGUCGUCCGCAAUGCCUACAAAACGCAAGAGCAGACUUACAACACCAGUCAAGAAGAGCAACAUCAAGUCAUCCGCGCGUGCCGGGACUAGUGCAGUAUCCACUAAGCGAAAGCAACCAGGAGAAGACUGGAAGCAGUCCCGGCUGGCACCAGACAUCCCAUUACAUAUGACAACACGACGUGCUGCAAAGACGUCGUCUAGUCAUACGAGCCCAGCUGCACCGUCAAGUGCAGCUUCUGGCAGCCGUCGAAGUUCUUUGGACGACAUUGCGCAACAGUCAGACUUUGACGAUGAACCAGCCAAGCGAAUGUCGACCGAUUCUGGUUCGCCAAAUGGUUCAUUUGGUAACAACACGCCUAUGAAUGGAACACAAACUCCAAAUCUGGACGACUCCGUACCAGAAGCAACACUGCGGUUAUCGAAGACCGCUGGGAAGAGAAGGCGCGCAUCAGACGACUCGACGCAGUCCCGCAAAGCGCGAUCGAAUGGUGUUCUGACCCGGACUCAAAGCGAUGUCUCCGAACAACAACCGCGCCGGAAAAAGCGCAAAACAACAGAUGCACCUGCCGAUUCAGCCGACCAGCCUCCGGAAUUAACAGAUGCAAGCACGGCACCAAAUUCUCCAGAGCAGGUUCCUGAUGUUGCGAUCAAUCUCAAUCUUCAAAAUGUUUUGCCAGCUCACGGCGAUGCGCCUGUGAAGAUUCCAAAGCGCCUCCCUGGUCGCCGACGCCAACCACAUCCGGACACCAACGUGGAAGUGGAUCUGCGCCGACAGCUCACCCUCAAAACAAGCUAUCGAAGUGUUGCAAAAGUACUAAAGGGCGUUUUAGACGAGUUAGCACAAAGGACAAACAAAAACCUUGAAGAUGAUCCGGACUACCACAAGCAAUGUCCGGAGUACAAACCUCUUAUGGCGGGCUUGGACCAGAAACGAGACACUCAACUUGAUUACCUCGCUGCAUGGCGCUCAGAGCGGAUGGACCAGUUGGAGCGAGUGCGCACAGCCGAAGAGCGGAUCCAGAAGCAGCAGUAUAUUAAUCGCUUCGAAGAUCUGCGAGACGACUGUCUGCAACGCUGCUACUUUCGUAUGAAGCAGAUAGAGCGAGAAUGGAAAGCCGAGCAGAACGAUGCCACAGACGAUGAGGACAAUGUGCUGCCACCAACAUACACUGAUGGUGUAACCCAAGGUGUUGAUGAUCGACUCAGCUCUAAGUUUGCAUCUCGUAGUCGAGCAUACGUCGAGGCUGAUCGAGAACUUAAAGACGAUGUCAGGCGCAAGCGGUUUGCACAAGCUCGCGCCGUCUUUGUCGAUAAAGAAGACGGUGCGGACGACUCGAUUGAGGAACUGUCUGGUGGCUUCGCUCGGUUUGCUGGACCAGACCGCACGGAAGCGAUCGCGCAUUACAAUAUCAGCAGUCUCACGGAUGCUGCGCAUGAUGUUGAGAGGACACCAUCGCCGCAAAUUCAAUUGCCACAAGUCCAGAUCAUUCCGAACGAUCAAGCGACCAUGCUUAUGCUGCUUGCGGAUCUUUCGGUAGCAGAGCCCACCCGCACUACCAACGUCACUGUUUCAGGCGAAGCACACGAGGAAGCAAAACAGCCUCAGAAGACCGUACCGUCUUUAGUCGAACAGCAACCGGCCAGACACUUAUCACAUGUCUCUGCUCCUGCAGAUUUACCAUUGGCUCUACCUUCACAAGCAGCCCACACUAGUCCGUCAAGGACGACAGAGUCAGCCUUGAGCUAUAUUCAAGAUGCCUCACGGUCUGAGCCCAACGGAGCCAACCUCAUGAACCCCGAGGUCUCCGAGAAGCCUAUCCCUGCGCGAACAACCCAUAGGAUAAUGGACAUGCUAAACGACGAUCAGGACGUGCCAGUCUCGAGGACAAGAGAAUCACAACAUCCGGUACAGGAGCAGCAUAAACUACCGAGCACACCAUCGAGACGAGACAUUAGUAUAAAACACGAGACACCGUCCCGAGGCGGCGCUGCGCGUCUAGAAAACAUUGUCAAUCAGCCAGAGCAAUCUGAACAGACUGAGCAUCUUGUCGAUCAACAGCUGAUGGACGCCUUGAGUGGACCCGUGCCUCAGGCCAGCGAGCCACCAUCUCCAGUCCGACCAAAUAGGAUGACCUGGCAGCAAUCAAGCCUACAGCCACCGAGUGUUCUGCCACCAGUGGAAGCUGACGAGUCUUUACUUCGGAAAGAUCCACGAGAUACGUUGCGCAAGAUUAGGGAACUGCUCGACAGAAAACACGCAGAACAUGGAUUGCCUCCCCCGGACAGGUCUCACCACCCAAUGGCUGAAUAUUACAGCGAUAACAAACCACAAGAGAGGCGUGAGACUGCUCCCGGAUAUGAUCCACAGUAUCCGUCUGCCGGGCUACAAAGUGGCUCUGAUGCCAAUGGACACCUCUCGCACCACCGUGAAUCCUACGACAGGGGGCCGGCGCCUUGGGACCGUGAUAAACGUUCGAGCAGCUCGCAAGCUUCUCGUCCCUCACCCUAUCAGGGGAGCCCUCCACAGCUUUACAGUGGUGAACUGAGUCGACAUGGGCCCACCGCCGCACAUCAAAGUCCAUAUGCUUCAUUACCACCCAAACCACCUGGUCCACCGCCAUCGGCACCUAUCAACUUCCGUUUCGCUCACUACGAUCCGGCUCCUCCGCCGUCAGCGUCAAGACCUCCAUAUCAGGUAUCUGCUCCGAACUAUCCAUCAGCGUCACACCCUCCUCACGUGCCUCCUCCACCGGGGCCAUAUGGUCACACCUACCCGUCACCAUAUCAGCAUGCGUACGCCCCGCCACCCGGUUCCUACCAAGCACCGCCUCCCCCACAGCCAAACGUCUCUCCAUACCCACCCCUCAAGAUCCACCAAUAUGGAGGCCAACCCAUCCUCCCUGCAAGCAUGGCGCCCCCGCCACACUCGGGCCCGGCGAUGUCAUAUGGCCAGCCGGUCACAGCACCCGCCUUCUCACCACCACAAAGCCAAGCACCGGUAUCGCAACCUCCGCCACUACAGCCCAACCCGCAUAACGAACAGAGCGAUCGCCGGGAUAACGGUUUCAUGGGUCCCCAGACUAGGCCUAGGCGUCCUUAUAGGAGCUAUCAUGCUCCGGGUACGCAGUUCAGGACGUACAACGGUCCUGGUGGAGGGAGAGGAAGAGGCGGCAGUUAG